AGUCUCACUCUCUAUACAUUUGCACUACAAUCCACACAUCAUUUUAUAUUUUCUGCUUCAAAAUACUCUCUCUUUAUUGCUUUGAUUUUUUUCAAACUUGCGUAAUACGUAAUAGGAAUACCCCCCAGUUUAAGCCAAAGUAGCUGCACAAAACAUUGAUUCAAUUGAAAUGGUUUUAGGGUUUCUGCAACUUUAUAUGCUUUUCUUCUAGGGUUUUGUACCAGCUCAAUCUCAACUCACUUUGUCUUCUUCUUCGAAAUUUUUAUAUAAUUUAUUUGUUUUAUCUGAAGAAAAAGCUGUAAAUUCAGUGUGAUUCACGGCGGUUGAAGAAUGGCGCUUCUGGGUUUCAUGUCUUGGAAGAUCGGGGAGGAACAUGGUAGAUCUUAGUGCGGCAUUGAGAUAGAAGGUUGGGGUUUUAAUAAAGAGUUAAUGCACACAGGAAGGCGUUGAAUCAGUGUUGCCAAACAUGACUUUCUCUAAGCUCGAUGAUUCUCCUAUGUUCCGCAAACAGCUGCAAAGCUUGGAGGAAAGUGCUGAAUCUCUGAGAGAGAGAAGUUUGAAGUUUUAUAAAGGAUGUCGAAAAUAUACGGAAGGCCUCGGAGAGGGAUAUGAUGGAGACAUUGCUUUUGCAAGUGCUCUGGAAACCUUUGGCGGGGGACACAAUGACCCCAUCAGUGUCGCUUUUGGAGGUCCUGUAAUGACUAAAUUCACUAUUGCACUCAGGGAAAUUGGUACAUACAAGGAAGUUCUUAGGUCCCAGGUAGAGCACUUACUGAAUGAUCGAUUGCUGCAAUUUGUUAACAUAGACUUGCAUGAUGUCAAGGAAACACGAAAGCGCUUUGACAAGGCUAGCCUUCUAUACGAUCAAGCUCGUGAUAAGUUUUUGUCACUAAGGAAAGGCACUAGGAGUGACAUAGCAAACAUGUUAGAGGAGGAACUUUAUAAUGCAAGGUUAGCCUUUGAACAAGCAAGGUUCAACUUGGUUACUGCACUCUCAAAUGUUGAAGCAAAGAAAAGGUUUGAAUUUUUAGAAGCAGUUAGUGGCACGAUGGAUGCCCACCUUCGUUACUUCAAGCAGGGUUAUGAACUUUUGCAUCAAAUGGAGCCCUACAUUAAUCAGGUAUUGACAUAUGCACGACAAUCUAGGGAAAGAUCUAACUAUGAACAAGUAGCUCUUAAUGAGAAGAUGCAAGAAUACAAAAGGCAGAUAGACCGAGAGAGCAAGUGGGCUUCAAGUGGUUCCAAUGGAUCUCCAUCUCCUAAUGGAGAUGGUAUACAAGCCAUUGGUAGAAGUUCACAUAAGGAGAUAGAAGCAGCUAUGCAAUCUGCAACAAGGGGGAAGGUCGAGACCAUUAGACAAGGCUAUCUUUCGAAACGUUCUUCAAGCUUAAGAGGUGACUGGAAAAGACGAUUUUUUGUUCUUGAUAGCCGAGGAAUGUUGUAUUACUAUCGCAAACAAAAUACCAAACCAUCUGGGUCUGGCAGUCAAGUCUCUAGCCAGAGGAAUAGUUCUGAGCUUGGUUCUGGACUGCUGAGUCGCUGGCUUUCUUCCCAUCAUCAUGGCGGGGUGCAUGAUGAGAAGUCUGUUGCUCACCACACUGUAAAUCUCUUAACAUCAACAAUAAAGGUUGAUGCUGACCAGUCGGAUCUGCGGUUUUGCUUCAGGAUUAUUUCACCAACAAAAAGCUAUACACUGCAGGCUGAGAGUGCCCUAGAUCAAAUGGAUUGGAUUGAAAAGAUUACUGGGGUUAUUGCUUCUUUGUUGAGUUCUCAAGCCCCUGAUAGGCGUUUUCCUGCUAGUCCAAUGGGCAGUGGUCAUCAUCGAUCUGCAAGUGACAGCAGCUCAUUUGAUAGCUAUGAUGUUGAUCCCGCAGCAGGUGAUGAACAUGGAUCUGAGAGACAUGCAUCUGUCCAUAACGAGCGCCCCUUGAGAAACUCACAACAGCUGCAGAUUGCCGUGAGAGCUGAACAGCCGAUUGAGACGUUACGGAAAGUAUGUGGCAAUGAAAAAUGUGCCGAUUGUGGUGCCACCGAGCCUGAUUGGGCAUCUUUGAACCUCGGCGUUCUUGUCUGUAUCGAAUGCUCAGGUGUUCAUCGAAACCUUGGUGUUCAUAUAUCCAAGGUAAGGUCACUGACUCUUGAUGUUAGAGUAUGGGAGCCUUCAGUACUGGCUUUGUUUGAGUCCUUGGGUAAUGCAUUUGUGAAUUCAGUAUGGGAAGAGUCACUUCAAUCAAGAGGUGCCUUCCAGGUUAACCACGGUCCUACAAGCUUGUACAAGUCCGAUAAACAGCAGCAACUAUACAUAAGCAAGCCAAGCAAGGGUGACCCAAUUUCAACCAAGGAGAAAUUCAUUCAUGCAAAGUAUGCAGAGAAAAUGUUUGUGCGGAAAAGUAAGGACUACCGACCCGUAGCACAACAAAUGUGGGAGGCUGUCCGUUCUAAUGAUAAGAAAGGCGUGUAUAGGCUCAUUGUCAACUCUGAUGCAGAUGUUAAUGCUAUCUGUACACAGUUACUGAACACCUCACUAACUCUUGCCAAAGUAAUGUCAUUGCAAGAACAGGCUGGCAUCAUUGAUGAGAAGCCUAGCCACUCAUUAGAACUUCGUGCAAUUCAGAGCGAAUGCCUUGACGAAUCUAUAAAUCUUGAUGGGUGUUCAUUGCUUCACCUUGCUUGUGAAACAGCAGACAUAGGAAUGCUGGAGCUGUUGCUUCAGUAUGGUGCAAAUGUGAAUGCCCAUGAUUUGAGAGGCUGGACCCCGUUGCAUCAGUGCAUUCUGAGGCAGAAAGCCACAUUCGCUAAGCUGCUGCUUUCAAGGGGAGCUAAUCCGCACGCUGUAAAUGGGGACGGUAAAACCCCCGUUGAUCUUGCCAUGGAAUCAAACUUCAACGAUCACGAGGUCCUUUCGCUACUGUCAAAUGCAAACCGGUGACUGAACUUGGGUGAUAAUAUAUACACAUUUAUAGAGGAAUUACAGUGAAGGCUGGUUGAAACAAAGGCUUUGAAGCUUGGUUUGUGAAGUUGUGGUUGUCUGUGAGUAUUUUGUAAUUAUUAUUAUCAUUAUUAUGUUUGUAGAUGUAGAGCCCAAUGAAUCCCCACCCAUAGAUGCUGCCGCUCGAUACAAAACCAAUGGCAGUGCGGGUCGGGUCGAUACGGUUUGUAUUCUAUAGCCGGUUUUCACGUGUUCGAUUUGAGAGUGGGUUGGUACUGAGGUUUGUGUACAUUUUUCUUUUACAUAGGAAUGGGAAGUCUUCACUUGAUUAAGUUUUUGUGUUUUUUUAUGUUUAAAGAAAUGAAACAUAACCCC